AUGGCUGCAGCAAUUGAACAGGUUCCUUAUUUUCCGAAUCGGAAUGAUUAUGAAUCGCGCACAUUUGAUCAUUCACGAGAACAGUCGACAGAAACAGACCUUCCUAAUGGAUUUCCCAAAAGGCUAUUGUCAACGAUGGCUUGGGAAAGAGAGGAUGUCUCCCUGGAGCACGCUCCAGCUGGUGGGACUCCAUACCUGUUGAUCUUACAGGGUCCGCAGUUGGCCGAGAUCGAUGCAGCGCUCAGACACUUUCAACGUUUGGGGCAGCCAAUGGAAACCCUUGACCCGUCAACGUUUCCUCUUCCGUGCCUGCACUCGGUUCUCCGGUCCGUAUCGGACAAUCUACAUUCGGGCUAUGGCUUCACGCUCAUUCGUGGAGUUCCCGUGGAACGUUAUACUCGUGCAGAAAACAUCAUCAUUUAUGUCGGCAUCUCAUGCCACAUUGCCGCCAUCCGCGGCCGCCAAGACCAUCAAUUUGAGGGGCAGCCCGCAGACGUGAUGCUGGCCCACAUAACCGACAUGCGGCGGCCAGGCGACGUGCAAAAUUACGCACUGGCAGCAUAUUCCGACAGCGAGGUGGUAUUCCACACCGACGUGGGGGAUAUCGUGUCCCUCUUUGUGCUAAGCGAGCCAGCAAGUGGCGGUGAAAGUCUGCUGGCGAGUGGAUGGACAGUGUACAAUGCGCUGGCGGAGACCCGCCCCGAUCUGAUCCGCGUAUUGGCGGAGGACUGGCCGAUCCCUAGCGCACAGGAACCCGGAGUCUUUAAGUACCGACCACUGCUGUAUCACCAGCCGAGCUGCGGUUUAGCCCCUGAACGGAUGAUCUUGCAAUUCUCGCGGCGGUCAUUCUCUGGGUUCGGAACCCACUCCCAGCUGAACAUGCUCUCUUCCACCCAGAUCGAGGCGCUGGAUGCGCUCCACUUUCUGGCGGAGAAGCAUCAUGUGGCAAUGGAGCUGAAACAGGGCGACAUGCAAUUCAUCAAUAACCUUAGUAUGAUCCAUGCUCGCAAUAGCUACGUAGACGAUCCCGAAAAUCGACGACACCUACUACGCCUGUGGCUUCGUGAUCCCCAAAAGUCCUGGGUCACGCCUGAGCCACUGCGCAGUCGUGCAGAUCGGAUUUAUAACGAGAACUACCGACGCGGUCCGCAGAUUUUCCCUGUGGAUCCGAUCCCGAGGUCGGUGGGGAAGGCUAGAAGAGAUUGA